AUGCCAUCUCGACUGAGGAAGACCCGGGCACUCCGGGGCCACGUGAGCCAGGGCCACGGCCACGGCGGUAAGCAGCACAAGCCCCCAGGAGGCUGCAGGAAGGCGGGAACGCUGGAGGGGUGCGAGCCUCCCCGCAGGAUCAGUGGUGACAAAUAUCAUCCAGGAUACCUUGGGAAAGCUGGUAUGAGGCAUUACCACCUGAAGAGGGACCAGAGCUUCUGCCCGACUCUCAACCUGGAUAAAUUGUGGAUGUUGGUCAGUGAGCAGAUGCGGGUCAACGCAGCAAACCACAAGCCUGGAGCUGCUCCAGUCACUGACGCUGUUAGAUCCAGCAAGGGCAACCUCCCUAAGUGA